AUGGCGCGGUGUGGGGGGGAUGCUGUCUCGAAAGGCACCAGCUGGGCCCCGGCGGCAGCAGGCGGCGGGAGGGGGGCGUGGGAGCGGCAGAGGCUGAAGGAGAUGGUGUCUGAGCAGCUCCGUCAGGAUCUCGGCAGGCUUCUUAAAGAAGAAAUACAUGCAGAUGUCACUUUUUGUGUUGGUCAUACUCUAUUCAGAGCACAUAAAGCAGUGCUUUUAGCAAGAGUUCCAGACUUCUUCUUAUACUGUACCGGAAAACAAUUAACUAAUCUGAAAGACCAUGAAACUUUUAAUCUGGAUAACUUCGAGCCCUCAGAAUUUAAAACAUUUCUGCAGGUUGUAUAUUCGUCUGAUAAAAACAUUAGGGAAAUCGAGGAAGAAACUCUGAGGAAAAGAGUACUGGAGCCCAGACAAACACAGGAAAAUGAAAGCCUUACAUCUGGUAGUCUUCAGAACACUCAAAUAUCAGGUGUAAAAUGCAUUGGAAGUGAUAAAACAACUUUUGUUAAUCAGCAUUUUCUGGACGGAGCCAUAGAAAGAGAAGUUGUUUGUUCACCUAAUACUGAAGAUGAAAUUCUAGAAGCCAGUCAUGCUGAAGGCAAUGCAACUAAGCCAGGUAAUUCUGAACUAGAAACCGCAUCUGGGUUAGGAGAAGACUUAAUGAUGCUCUACAAGAAAUGUUGUUGUCCAGAUAUUAAUAUUUGGAUAGAAGGCAACCAGUUUCAAGCUCACAGGGCUAUUUUAUGUGCCAGAUCUAGUUACUUUGCUGCUAUGCUGAGUGGAAGUUGGGCUGAAAGCUCCCAAGAGCACAUUACUCUUCAAGGCAUAAACCAUGUAGAAAUGAAUGUCCUAUUGUAUUUUAUAUAUGGAGGAAUGCUGGACUUCCCAAACAAAGCUGAUGCUGGUCGAAUACUCAGUGUUGCUGAUAUGUAUGGGCUAGACGGACUGAAAGAAGUAGCUAUCUAUAUUCUCAAAAGAGACUACUGCAAUUUUUUUCAAAAGCCUAUUCCUGGAAGGCAGCAACAUGUGCUAGAAUGCCUGGCUAUUGCUCAUUCAAUGGAAGUCGAGAACCUUUAUGCUGCUUGCAUGAAAUGGAUAGUAAAACAUUUUGUGAAAUGUUGGUCAGAGAGGAGCUUUGCCAGUUUACCCACUGAGCUUCAGAACAACUGUCUUACUGUGAUGAUUCAGUCUUUGAACCACAAGAAUGCAGCUUCUCUUUUGAUGGAAAGUGACCGGCUGCUUGGUAGUCUUCCCCAAGUGAAAUGGUCUGAAACAGCUCUGGCCUUGGCAUCUAGGCUUCAAGAAGAAUGCAUAACAUUUAUUGUAACAAACUUCCCUCAUAUAAUAGAGAGUGAAAGUUUUCAUAUUUUCUUGCAGGCACAGGCAAUGAGCAGCAAACCUGAUCUUCUAGAACAAGUUUUAAAAGCAAUUGAGAAAAACAUUAGCAUUGAAAACAGUUGCUUUCUUCUUAUAGCUGUGGAUACUUUGUUGAGCUCCACAAAUGUGAAGGAAAUGGGUUUUACAUGCAAGAUCCAGGCUCUGCGUGAUAAGCUGUGGAUCUUCCUGGUUCAGUCUUUUUAUGCUGUUCGUCACACAGAAAGCUGGAAGCUGAUGAGACCAGAUCAUCAAGAGAAAAUACAAGCAGCUGCUUUUGACAAAGGGGAUGAUCGAAGACUUGGCAAAAAACCUGUAUUCACUAGUUCUCAGCUAAACAGAUGCAUUACUGACUCUGUUGAUAUAAGGCACGCUUCCUGGAAAGUAAAAGGCAAGAGAGAUUAUUGCGGCAGUUCCUUCACUAAUCGGGAUAAAAUGAAAUCUGAUGGAUUAGGAGCAUCUGGACAUACAUCAAGUACCAACAGAAACACUGCUAAUAAGACUUCAAAACAUGAUGACUUAAAGGGAAAAGAUAGUAAGAAAACAGUUUCCAAGAUUACAAAAGAUUCAAAAACUGGGGAAAAAGUUGCUUCACCAAAGGCUAGAGCUGUCAUAAAGCCAAAAAUAGAAAGUAAUGGAAAUGCUAAGGCUGAAAGCUUGAUUACCAAACAAGAUUCAGAAAGGUCAUCAUCUGCAAGUGGACAAAAAAAUUCUGGAAGUGGAAAAGGUGUAAAAAAUCAGGAAGGAAAAAGUUCAGGUGCCAGACCUAAAGUACUUACUGGAAGCCCAAGUGUGCAAAUCAAAACAAAGCCAUUGAAGAAAACCACAGGGAAAGAAUCACCCUCUCUAGUAACAGAGACAGGAACUUUCAGCAAGUCAACAAACUCAAGUAGAGAUUUACAGAUUUCCAAUGAACAACUAGAUGAACCCAAAGAGGAUAAACCAGUAGAUGAAGGAAAAAUAUAUACCGCAAUGAAAACAAAGUCUGUUUUGAAGUUGACUAAUGGAGCUACCAACAAAAAAGCUAAUGAACUUGAGACGAACGUUACAACAAAUAGUGUGACCAAAAAAACCACUGGGAAAGGAUACAAUGAACAAAGUCCACAAACUGUUUUGAAGAAAAAGGGAAAUGUGAGUGGCAAUUCUGCAGCUCAGCAGAAGACAAAGAAUGCACCAGCUAAUGUUGCUAAAAACCAAGGACCACAAGGAGAUUCACAAAAUUCAUUAAAAUCUGGAAUGUCUCCGAAACAAAAUGAAGGAAAAAACAUGAUGCAAAAUUUUUCUCAGACAGCACUUUCAGAAAAACAACCUUCAUCUAAGAAAAAGAGUAUUAAACAAUCACAAACAUCUGCAGUUAAAGCCACUGCAAAAAUAAUAACAACACCCAAAAAUCAGACCCAUUCAAAGAAAGGUGAGACUAUAAACAGUAAAGACCCAAAACAGAAAAUAGUUACUGGGCAGCCUAUAUCAAAAGCUCAGUCUUCAACACAAAGACAUUCAAGAAGUGAAUCUCCUGUUGUCCAGAAAAACGUGCGUAGUCCUGAACAGAAAAUUUCAGAACAGAAACUUGAACAACACACAUCUGCUGCUUUUGCAAUUCAGCCACACGACAAUAACAAAUGCAGCCCUGCAAAACAAAGUAAGUGUGAAAAAUCUAUGAUAGAGUGUAGCAGAGGAGACCUACUCGUGGAAUCAUGGCAACCUGAUCCAAGAAAAGUAUUGGAUCCUCUUGAAAAUGGGGAAUACAAAGUAGAAACCAAACCUUUUUGUACUCUAGUUAGAGGACAAAAUGUUCCUAAGCUGAAUAUUUCCAUGCAAAAUGAAAUGGAAUCAAAACAGGUUUGUGAAGAUGAAAUUGAAAUUAAAUAUCCGGUAGAUAAAAACAAAGAUGAUGGUAAUACAACUGAAUUUAAUUGUUAUACAGAGCCUAGUAGAAAUGCAUACUCAGUCAUUUGCAAGAAUACUGGCCAAAAACUCCCUACUUCAGUUUCAGAAGAAAGACUGAAAAAGUGCAAAACUGUUUGUGAUUCAGCUCAGAAAUACUUGGGAUAUUCAGGAAACAGCAAAGUAUGUUUAACACAAGCAAUAGAAGACUGUGUGGAACAAAAUGAUACCUUAAACACUGAAACGGGCAUUAAUUAUGGAGAAGAUCACUUACCCAGCUUUUCUAAGGUAACAAAUGCCUCUAAUUCGGAACAAGAUGAAAGAAAAUCCUCUAAGACUCAUGUAAAGGGAUUUGCAAGUGCUGGUCAAUUGUCUGAUAAAUCAGCCUUGACCGAAUACAGGUCUGCUACAGUAGACUCAGAUGCUGCUUCAAAAUGUUUCACAGGACAGGUUACAGAAAAAUGUUCACCUAAAGAUAUGGAUACUACAGAAACACCAGAAAGCCAUGAAAAUUCAGAAACUCCCUUUGUGGAUCGUUGGAAUUUGAGUACAGGUGUGUUGGAUCCAAAAGAGAGUCCUGAAUCUGAUACUGGCAGUGCAACAACAUCUUCUGAUGAUAUCAAACCAAGAUCAGAAGACUAUGAUGCUGGAGGCUCUCAGGAUGAUGAAGGAUCAAAUGAGAGAGGGAUUUCUAAAUGUAGCACUAUGUUGUGCCAUGAUUUUCUUGGAAGAAGCAGCAGUGAUACAAGUACACCUGAAGAACUAAAAAUCUAUGACAGUAGUCUAAGAAUAGAAGUGAAAAUGAAAAAAGAGGGUUCGGAUCUUUUUCGUGUUAAUUCAACAAGUGAUGAUGAGAUACCAAGAAAAAGACCUGAAGUGUGGUCACAUCAAGGUGUAUUAAGGGUCAAUACUAGGGAAAAUGAAAACGCUGCUUUUGGCAGCGCACAGUUUACUCAGGAAGCAGACCAAGUUUCCUCUUCUGCAGAUGAAACGGAAGAUGAAAGAUCUGAAGCAGAAAAUGUAGUAGAAAGCUUUCCUCCAUCUGACCCUCCUACUCAGCCAUUCCAAGGAAUUGUUAAUUUAGCUUUUGAAGAUGCAACAGAGAAUGAUAUUGAAAGUCAAGAAUUUUCUACAACUAAAAAUUUUAAGCGAUCUCUUUUACUUUCAGUAGAUGAAUGUGAAGAGUUGGGAUCUGAUGAUGGAGACGCUCAUGCUCCCCUUCAGCAUUCCAUAGAUUCCCCUACUCCUUCUGAUGUUUUUGAUAGUGUAUCUCAGGAGCAGCAUGAAAAGACUUAUUAUUCAAGGUAUUCAUUGGAAACUGAAGAUGGAUUCCUGGAGUGCAAACAGCAAGAAAAGGAUAGAAGUGAGAGAUUAGAUAAAAGUGAGCACUUUUUUCUAGAUCCCCAUAGCACAGAAAUCAAAGGAAAAGAUAAUCAGGGUGCUUCAGUGACAGAACAAAAUUGCCCAGAGAAAGUACUCUCAGUAGCAGAUAGUCAGUGUUCAAUACAAGAGCAAAAGGUAAAUAGUAAGAAUGAAGAGAUUAACGAAAUUCAACAGUGCAAUAAACUUUCAGACAAUGACACAAAGUCUCAAGAAAGACCAUGUCAUUUGGACCUUCAUCAAAGAGAUACUAAUUGUGACAUGCAAAAGAAGAAUUCUGCAAAACCUGUAAAACCCUGUAAGAAUCAGUUACUGACUCUGGAAGGUCAAAUGAGAGAGUGUCAACGAGCACCUACUGAAUACACUAAUACUGAUUUACCUGCAGGAGACAUAGAUGAUUGUGACGUAUUGGCACAAACCUGCAUGUAUGAGCAUCGACCUUCAAAAACCCUUUCUCCAAUAUAUGAGAUGGAUGUUGGAGAAGCUAUUGAGCAGAGGAUGGAGUCAGAAAGGGACAUUCUAGAUGUGGAUUUUGAAGAUCAGCAAUUUGCAGAACAGGACUGGACUCUUCUCAGGCAAUUGUUAUCUGAGCAGGACUCAAACAUUGAUUUCAAAAACUCUGUUCCUGAAGACCUUAACUUAGCACAAUAUCUUAUCAAUCAGACACUACUUCUGGCAGGAGAUGGUUCAAAGCCUCAGGGUAAAUCACAUGUUGAUACUUUCAGUAGAUGGACAGAACUAAUGUCGCCACUGGAUGAUUCUUCAGCAAGUAUCACAGUGGCAAGCUUUUCCUCUGAAGAUUGUUCUUCUCCUCAAGGGGAAUGGACAAUUCUUGAACUGGAAACCCAUCAUUAA